ACAGUGCACAUCGUGAUCGCAGAGUAAAGAUUGCAGGAUUUCGAAGAAGCGUAAAGUUGAUACCAAAGAUGCCGCCGUGCCACGCGCUGUCUAUGUCCGAAGCGAUGCCUGCAGGGACAGGCACGAACGUACAACCCGCUGCCGGCUCCAGUCCGCGCUUAGCCACCCCGUCCGCCACUCCCCACAAGACUCCGUUUGUCCUCCCCGCGUCCUCGCGAAUCGUUCACGAUGCCGUCGCCAUGCACCACGCCGCGUACGGCUGGACCGACGAUUCCGCCGCGACUCACGGCGACGCCAGCGGUGCGGGUGCGGGUGCAGGUGCAGGAGGAGCAGCGGAGGACAGAAACGAGGGGAGGGGGGGAGGGCUCGGUAGUAGCACUGCGCUUGACCUGACGCCGCCGUCGUCGCCGUCAAGUGCGGCGCGCGAUACGCAGUGGAACGCAGACAGUCACAGUGACUCAGCGAAUAGUAGUACCGAUGCUAUUGUUUCCUCUCCUAAUGGUGGUGCACGUGCCAGUGCCAGCGCCAGUGCCGGUGCCAGUGCCGGUGCCGGUGCUACUGCUAAUGCUGGAACAGCCAUGGAUCCGAGUGGCAGCAGCAGCGCUGGCGGGGUUGGUGCUGUGGACUCGACGCAGCAUCGUGAUGGAAGCGCAGAUGAGCCGCAUCUUUCUGCUCAGCGGCAACGUGAAGUGCAGCAAGAAAGCCCUCCGCCGCGGCAGUCCGUGCGCGACCUUGCGCUCGUGCGCGCGCUCAUCCUUGCGGACGACUGCACGGUGGCGGAAGCCAGCCGGCGAAUGGCAGCCCGCCACGUGGAUGCGUGUUUGCUGACGGACGCCAAGAGCGGCAUGCUCUGCGGGGUUCUGACGGACCGCGACGUCGCGGAGCGGUGCGUGGGCGAGGGGCGCUCGCCGCAAUCCACGCCGUGCCAUGCGGUCAUGACGCGCGAGCCGCAGUUCGUCUCUCUGCACGCGCCCGCUGCUGUCGCGCUGAAGAAAAUGAUCAACGGAAAGUUUCGGCACCUGCCCGUGGUGGACGGCGGGGAGGUGGUGGCGAUGCUGCCCGUGCGCAGCUGCCUGGCGGAAGCGCUGCUGCGCGCGGAGGCGGUACGAGGGAAAGGCGCAGCUGUGGCGCAAACAGUGAGAGAGGCGGAGCGGACGGGAGGUGGGGGCGGGGAUGGCGCUGCUGCUGCCGUUCUCCGUGUGCUGUGCGACGCUGUCUCGCGGCCCUCCAUGGCGGCGCUCAUGGCGCCACGCACAAGGCCCACAGCAGUGCGGCCAACAGACACAGUGGCAGCAGCAGCCAAGGCAAUGCGUCGCCAUGGAGUCACAGCAGUUGUUGUGUCGGACCACGCCCAUGAUCAUAUGCAUACCCAGGGGCAUACCCAGGGGCAUACCCAGGGGCAUACCCAGGGGCAUACCCAGGGGCAUGGCCAUGGGAACAGCCAUCAUGCGGGCGUGAGCUCGCGCGACAUUCUCCUGCGGGUCAUAGCUGCCGGCUUGAACCCCAACCAAGUCACUGUUGACCAGGCCAUGACUCAUGCCCCUCUGACAGUGCCAGUGGACGCGUGUCUGCUGCAGGCCGUGCGCCACAUGGACUGGGGGGGCUUCUCGCACCUGCCCGUCACGGCGCGAGAUGGCAAUUGCGUGGCAUGUGUGGGUGUGACUGACAUCCUCCCUGCUCUUCUCACUGGCCAGCACUGCCAUCACCUGCAGCAGCAGGCACAGCAGCUGUCAGACAGUGCUAGGGGGGCGGUGGAGGGGACAAUGCACCACAUAUGGGAUUCGGCUUUUGACGUAGGGGACGAAGGGGAGGAGGAAUGGGAGGGGAGUGAGGGGGAGGGAGAGGAGGAGAAUGAGGGAGAGGAGGAGGGUGUGGGGGAGGGAAAGGAGGAAGAGGCAGAUGAGGAAAGGAGGCCUGCUGAAUGUGUCAGGAGCCCAAGUAAAAAAACUGCUGAAGGGAGACCUGGGAGGAGAAGUGGGGAAGCGAGGAGAGAAGAGGGGGGGGGCAGAGGUGGACACAGGAGGCAGAACCCGUCUGGGGGGCAUUGUGCUGCUGCUGGUGGUGCCGCUGCUGCUGCUGACGGUCCUGCUCGUGGUGGUGCUGGUGCUGGUGCUGCUACUGCUGGUGCUGCUACUGCUGGUGCUGCUGCUAGUGCUGCUGCUAGUGCUGCUGCUGGUGCUGCUGCUGGUGCUGCUGCCAGUGCUGCUGCUAGUGCUGCUUCUGGUGCUGCUGCCAGCGCUGCUUUGGCUGCUACUGGUGCUGCUUCUAGCUCUGCGUUUGACGCAUGGAGUGACAUCUACACAGAUGUGGGAACGGUGGGAGAGCGUGGGGAUGCGGAGGAUGGGUAUGAGGGGGGAGGGGAGGAGCUUUCCAUAGCUGGUGACUUCCCUCCUCACUUUGCUGCUCCUCCUGCUGCCACUGUUGCUGUUGCUGCUGCUGCUGCUGCUGCUUCGGGUGGUGCCGGCUCGUGUUAUCGACCUGGGGGUUUCUAUGGAGGGAAACGGCUGCCGGCUGCUGCUGCCGCUGCCGCUCGUGGUGCUGGGUAUAGUGGUGGGAAUGCACAGGCACAGGCACAGGCACAGGCACAGGCACAGGCACAGGCACAGUCACAGGCACAGGCACAUGCGAUGCAUAUGGCAAUGAACGGGAUGGGGCAGCAAUGGUCACAGCAGGUGAUGUCUCAGCAGACUGGUGUGGGACACCAGCAGCACUGGGAGCUGCAGCAGCAGGUGUGGCAGCAGCAGCAGCUACAGCAACGUCACCCACAGUCACAGCUGGUGAUGCCUCAGCAGACUGAUGUGGAAUACCAGCAGCACUGGGAGCUGCAGCAGCAGGUGUGGCAGCAGCAGCAGCAGCUACAGCAACUUCACCUACAGUCACACCAGCAGCAGCAGCAGCAGCAGCAGCAGCUACAGCAACUUCACCUACAGUCACACCAGCAGCAGCAGCAGCAGCAGCAGCAGCAGCAGCAGCAGCAGCAGCAGUAUGCGCGCAUGAAUGACAGCGCUAGAAGGCUCCAGCAGCAGCUUCCCUUGCUGCACCUGGCACGCCCCAGCACCGCCCCCCCCCGCAACCACAACAAGGAAGCCACACCUGCCUCGCCCUUCCCAGCCUCCCCGCUCGCCUCAGCAUCAGCAACAGCAGCAUCAGCUGCAGCAGCAGCAGCCAUGGGUGGCGCACCUUUCCCAGGCAUGGCUGAUGCUGCUGCUCAUGCAGCCAGCGGCACUCCUUUCACUGCCACCAGCUGUAGCACCCCGUCUUGUGUGUCUGCGUGCUCAUCCGUGGAUCAGCUGCCGUUCAAGCUCACAGACCACCGUGGCCACGUGCACCGAUUCUCAUGCGCUUGUGAGUCGCUGUCAGAUCUGAUGUCCGCGGUGGCAGCUCGCCUGGCAUGGGACUACAACCCCACCAACCCGCCCACCUGUUAUAAUCACAAUAGGCUCAGAUGUGCCUAAAAUGAGAGAAAAUGUGCACAGUCAG